UUUAAACAUUAUGACACUGUUAACUAUUGCUCUUGCUGUAUACUGUAGGAACAACAAUCUGUACAUAUCCUAUUCUGUGAAACACAAUGUCAUUUACAGUCAACUAUCUAACCCUAAUCAAAAUCAUGAUCCGUUCUUGACUCAUGCUCAUGUUAUGACAGCAAGCCACGGGUAUAAAGAGUUGUCAGCAUAGCAUAAAAAGUAUUCAAAUCCAAUAUCCGGUCAUCUCUUUAAAGGGUUUGUUUCGGGGUUUCCAGCUCAGUGGCAUAUGUAUUUCCCAGUCUCGGCUGUCUCUUUAAGACAACGAUAGCUUUGUGUCUGAUUAAUUCAAUGUAACGAGAGAUGCAUUGGAGAAACCUAUUUUCCGCUGUUACUGUGGAUGUAUCAGCUACAGAGAGUGUGAAAAAACUGGACAUUUAUUUCCUAUUGGUCAUGAUCAUCGGAUAAUUCAAUUGGCGGUUAUCAUAUACUAAAGUUAUAACGUGAUACCGUUAUUAUAGGCAACGGAUGUGGGGAUACAACAAAUAUGGAUUUAAAUUAGCUGGAAAUUAAGUCUCCAUAAUUUCAUAUUUUUUCUGUAAGAGGAUUUACCAAAAUUCGUUUUGGAGGAAUAAGAAUAUUUACAUUAAAUUGUUUAGAGGGGAGUUUUGUUCUGACUGCACGAAAUGUCUGAAAAACACGGUAAGCUUUUUUUCUCUUGUUCUGUUGCGUCUUUUAUGUCAGCACUGUAAUUGAUAAUUGAGCCAAUUUUUCCCCUCCCCCGCUGUAUUUUCUCUCCUUUGGAUUGUGAUACAUGUGUACAUUUGGGAUAAUUGUUUGACUAUAGGUUGUUUUGGUAGGUUUUUUUGUGGUGCAUAACUAACAAUUGGCUACUUGGUGACGUAUGAUAUCUCUGUUUCCAUCUUCUCUGUUUUCACCUCCCCAUGUCAACAUCUCCGACAAACUCUUCCUUCUAUUUAUCUGCAUGUCCUACAUCUGUAGUCUGCUAUGUUAUUUUAUUCCCAAUAGGGUACGCUCUAUUUAAUUGCCUAUGCAUGCACAUUUAUUUAAAUAACUACAAUGAAAUAAGGGUUUGCGUGCGUGUGUUUGUUUCCGUGAGUGUGGGCGGAUUUGCGUGCGUUUGUACAGUGUAUUAGGGCGAAUGAACGUGAGCGUGUGAUGUUAACAUAAGAAAUGCAGCACAAUAAUUUGCUUAAUUUCUCUCUUUAACUCCCUUGGAUUCACUGUAUCCUAGGAGGUUAUCAAGGUCUGGAAGACUCUAAUCGGCAGGCCAUGUCCCAACCCAUGCAGCAAAUGCAGCCCCCUCCAUACCUCCCAUCCCAGGACCCUAACAUUGGCCAACAACACCCCAACAUGCAGCACCCCAACAUGCAGCACCCCAACAUGCAGCACCCCAACAUGCAGCACCCCAACAUGCAGCACCCCAACAUGCAGCACCCCAACAUGGGCCCUCCGCCCAGCUGUGGCCCCCAGCCCAACUACCCCCCUCCACCCCCGCCCCCUGGCUCCGAUGGCUACCAGGAGACCCAGUUCCACAAUGGCUCCUACGGACACCCAGGGGCCCCACAGGGCUACACAGUCCAGACCCAGGGCCCGGGAGGGGGGGUCCCACAUGCCCCUGUAGGGUAUUUUCAACCAGGAUACCCUCUCCAGCUGCAGCCCUGCACAGCCUAUGUUCCUGUCUACCCCAUGGCGUCGGGACAGCCCUACCAGGGGAUGCCCCAGGGUCAGAUGGGCAUGCAGAUGCCCCAUGGCAUGGCUCUGAUGGAGCCCCGGCGCCCGCCUCACGACUACCUGCCCAUCGCUGUGCUCACCACCGUCUGCUGCUUCUGGCCCACAGGAAUCAUAGCCAUCAUCAAGGCAGUACAGGUGCGUACAGCAGUGGCCAGGGGGGACAUGGUGACGGCAGAGAUAGCGUCCCGCGAGGCGCGUAACUUCUCCUUCAUUAGCCUGGCGGUGGGCAUUGCCUCCAUCGUCCUGUGUACCAUCCUCACCGUGGUAGUCAUCAUCGCCUCCCAACACCAUGACGAUGACUGGGAACCCUAAUACAUAACACAGUGUGGUAUCAUGGGAUGUGUAGUUUUGGGUGGAGAUUGAAGAAUAAGAGCACCGGAAUUCACUCUCUGAAACUGGUAUGUUAUAUUGGGGGGUGUAUAUAUAUGUGUGUGUGUGUGUGUGUGUGUGUGUGUGUGUGUGUGUGUGUGUGUGUGUGUGUGUGUGUGUGUGUAUGCACCCUGUGUACUGUAUACAGUACUGACCUGACCUACUAACUACUAACGGGUUGAGAACCAAUCACACUUAUAUUCAAUUGCCAAAACAAAUAGAUACACAUUAUUUGCCAGUAUUACUUACCAUUUACACUCGGAUAUAAUAGCGCUCCAUAGCACUUAUGGGGGAAACAGAGUACAUACACAGAGGCAUUAAAGGGCAAUUCCACCACAUUUCAACCUCAUUUUCAUUAUCUAUAGCACAGUACCAGUGUCUACAUAUGUGAAAAUGGCACAUGACAUCAUCAAAAGUACAACAAAAAAAUAACGGAUUUUCAAAAACAAUGAGAUUCACAGUGACGUGGGGAGUAAGAAAAUGCCCUCCAUCUGGCUAGAAACUCGUUGCAGGUUUUGAAAAUCAGUUUUCCUUACUUUUCCUCCUGCCUUAUCACAGAGAAUAAUCUUUAGGACCUUCUCUUUUUAACCACAGAGCAUAGAAAAGUGCAAUUUUCAGUUAUGUAGACACUGGUAUUUUUAUUUUUACCUUUAUUUAACUAGGCAAGUCAGUUAAGAACAUAUUCUUAUUUUCAAUGACGGCCUAGGAACAGUGGGGAAACUGCCUUGUUCAGGGACAGAACGACAGAUUUGUACCUUGUCAGCUCGGGGAUUUGAACUUGCAACCUUCCGGUUACUAGUCCAACGCUCUAACCACUAGGCUACCCUGGUAUGGUACUGGAGAUAAUGAAUAUGAGGUUGAAAAGUGUCAGAAUUGCCCUUUAACUAGGAAUUACAGAUGAAUUUAUGGUCCCCUUGAACCUAGGUAGACCAAACCAUGGAUCACACUGUAUCUUGAUAAACUAUUUAAGCCUUCACAAAACUGCCAAAAAGAUCACAAAUCAUGACUGACAUUAGUGCCAUAUAUAAAUAGUAUUGUGUAAGGAGGUUGUUUUGAAUUACUUCUAAUAUAAAUACUUUUAUUGAAUUGUGUUGAGUCAUUUAUAGUUUUUGAUUUAUGAUUUUCAUAAACACCCGCAUCUAACGAUAGUAUUUAAAAAAUAUUUAUUAAAUGGAUAGUAUAAAUUAUAGUAUAAGACUGCCAAACAGACGUAGGUAUGGAGGGAUACAAAUUAUCAGUAUUCAUUUUACACACAAUCAAAUGGAAAGUAAAUAAAGACAUAUUGUUGUCUUAUUAUGAGAUUAAUAUAUGGAAAUUGUGGACAAAAAGAUUGGGAUUUUUCUUGUGAGAUGACAUCUCUAUUUUAAAGUUGUGCUGGCGGAGGGAUACACCAUAGGGUGUACUGUGACCGUGUCUUUUCUCCCGCCUUUUUUAUAUGACAUGUGACUAUUUUAGCUACAUUGACAAAUUGUUUGUUGCAUAAGAUUGUUUAAUACUUGUUCACUUUAUUUAUGUAUGUAUUUAGGUAUAUUAUAAUUUAUUAGUUUAUUUAUAAUAUUUAUUUUUUCAUAGAUUAUUAGCAUGUCACCAUUAUGUUUUAGUUGAAAUCAAUAGUUUAUUGUACCCCUAUUGGCCUACAAAACCUUAACUAAACUCAGCAAAAAAAUAAAUGUCAGCUCACUGUCAACAGCGUUUAUUUUCAGCAAACUUGACAUGUGUAAAUAUUUGUAUGAACAUAAGAUUCAACAACUGAGACAUAAACUGAACAAGUUCCACAGACGUGACGGACAGAAAUGGAAUAAUGUGUCCUUAAACAAAGGGGGGGGGGGGGUUAAAAUCAAAAGUAACAUUCAGUAUCUGGUGCGGCCACCAGCUGCAUUAAGUACUGCAGUGUUGCCAGUUCUUGCUGUGAGAUGUUACCCCACUCUUCCACCAAGGCACCUGCAAGUUCCCGGACAUUUCUGGGAGGAAUAGCCUUAGCCCUCACCCUCCGAUCCAACAGGUCCCAGGCGUGCUCAAUAGGAUUGAGAUCCAGGUUCUUUGCUGGCCAUUGCAGAACACUGACAUUCCUGUCUUGCAGGAAAUCAUGCACAGAACGAGCAGUAUGGCUGGUGGCAUUGUCAUGCUGGAGGGCCAUGUCAGGAUGAGCCUGCAGGAAGGGUACCACAUGAGGGAGUAGAAUGUCUUACCUGUAACGCACAGCAUUGAGAUUUCCUGCAAUGACAACAAGCUCAGUCCGAUGAUGCUGUGACACACCACCCCAGACCAUGACGAACCCUCCACCUUUAAAUCGAUCCAGCUCCAGAGUACAGGCCUCGGUGUAACGCUCAUACCUUCUAUGAUAAACGCGAAUCCGACCAUCACCCCUGGUGAGAGAGAACCACAACUCGUCAGUGAAGAGCACUUUUUGCCAGUCUUGUCUGGUUCAGCGACGGUGGGUUUGUGCCCAUAGGCAACGUUGUUGCCGGUGAUGUCUGGUGAGGACCUGCCUUACAACAGGCCUACAAGCCCUCAGUCCAGCCUCCCUCAGCCUAAUGCGGACAGUCUGAGCACUGAUGGAGGGAUUGUGCGUUCCUGGUGUAACUCGGGCAGUUGUUGUUGCCAUCCUGUACCUUUCCUGGCAGGUGUGAUGUUCGGAUGUACCGAUUGGGUGCAAGUGUUACACGGGGUCUGCCACUGCGAGGACGAUCAGCUGUCCGUCCUGUCUCCCUGUUGCGCUGUCUUAGGCUUCUCUCGGUACGGACAUUGCAAUUUAUUGCCCUGGCCACAUCUGCAGUCCUCAUGCCUCCUUGCAGCAUGCCUAAGGCACGUUCACGCAGAUGAGCGGGGACCCUGGGCAUCGUUCUUUUGGUGUUUUUCUUUAAUUUCCGAAGUUUUCAUAACUGUGACCUUAAUUGUCUACCGUCUGUAAGCUGUUAGUGUGUUAACGACCGUUCCACAGGUGCAUGUUCAUUAAUUGUUCAUGGUUCAUUGAACAAGCAUGGGAAGCAGUGUUCAAACACUUUACAAUGAAGAUCUGUGAAGUUGUUUGGAUUUUUACAAAUGAUCUUUGAAAGACAGGGUCCUGAAAAGGGGACCUUUCUUUUUUUGCUGAGUUUACAUUACAUUUGAUGACGUUUGUGAUGACUUGCACUUCCCAGCGUUGACAUAGCACAGAAACUGACAUAAUUACUUUGUACACAUUGGCUAAUGUCAGCAGGCUUAGAAUUGUUUUUAUACACUCCAAUAGACAAUUGUAUAAUUGUAGAAAUAGACACAUUUAGAACAACAGUUGCUUGUCUAAUUGAAGUGGUUGGUCCAUUUUCUAAUUUCAUAUAGAAUAAAGUAUUGCAGUACUAAGAAAAAAGCUACACAUUUGAUGGAAAGUGCUUGGACGGACGCAAGAUUAAAAAGGCUAUGUAAUUAUAAAUAGGGCUAGUGUAGUAUAAAUUUGAGAAAUUGCAGCUUUUGCAAAUAAUGUUUUGUUAAUAUUAAUGGUUAUAAUAGCCAAUAAAAUAGUAUUAUCUUAGUUAAUAGUUUCUCAGAGUAAAAGGUUGUAGACAAAGAACUUAUAUGCCACAGACAAUACUCUGUAAUGCACGCCAUUAUUACAAUUCUCUCAGCUUUUCCCAAAUUGUCUUAUCUGAUAAUAAGGGUUGCGUCAAACACAUUUGGUCUCCAAUCUAGCCUAUCACUUUAUGAGGUGUGCUGCCUCGUGUUGGAGAGCCAAGAGCGUUGCCGCGUAACAGCGUGAACUAAAAUGACCUGAGACGGAAUCAGUCAAGCAGAAAUACUGAUGGUGGCACUGAAAACGAAUGUCUCUGAGGAGAGAGAAAAAAAUCUAUGCCUAAUAAUACAGUACACUAGCAUUUUACUCUCCUCAAUUUGUCUAUUACCCCAAUAGACCCCCUCUAUUUCUCUCUGUCUCUCUUUCUGAUGUCCAUUGCAAAAUUGGAACCGUAGUUCUCGACAUAUCUCUGAUCUGCUUCUCUGUGUUCAAUUCCUAUGAUAAAGUUAUUCAGAGAUAUCGAAAAUGUAUUGUUUCUCGUGAAGGACCAUGAUUACAGAUUUGAAUAUUGUUAUUAUGGUGACGUUUUAUUCCAAAAGUAUUAUUAAAUUAGUAUUACUACUAUGGUUAUUAUUCUGUUACUUGGAAAUCUCUUUUACAUUUGAUUAUCAUUACUAUAUUUAUAAUGUACAUUGUAUUUGGAGAAUAUGUUCUUAUACUGAUAACACGGUGUUCUAGAAAUAUGUUGAGUGCAAAGUAAGCACAGUACUGUGACCCGUAGUGCUGUUACUCACCUCUAUACAAGAGAUGUAUCGGUAUGGAAUGUUCUUAUGCUUUCUCUCUCUCUCUCUCACUCCUCACAUAUCUAGUUGUGUUUAGAUCUACACUGUUCUCUCCCCACAUACUUGUUUUGUGAGGCCGUUCGAUGUCAUUUAAGAUGACAGGCUGGGCAAAUGCUACUGCUUCUUUGCAGUAUUCAUACCUUUUCUCUGAGCUUGUAAAUGUAAUGGAUUGGCAUUUUCAAAUUGGCUGGCGAAUCACAGUGUACAUGUACUUUUCUUGGGGUUUAUUUCUGUUCAUGGAUAUUACACAUGCAUCUGUCGUGUAUGAAUUGAGUCGUUUGAAUAAAAUUGUUUUUUUUUUGUGCAAGA